AUCGGGAGAGAGAGAGAGGAGACGCUGGUGGAGAGAGAUCCGCGCACACCGAGCAGAGAGGAUGGCUGGCAGGAUUUAGCCCCGGCAGCGUCUUCCCCGUCCAGCACAACAAGCUUAUUACCGAGCUGUCCGGCGCGCCUGGGAACGGAUUUACGCGCACGAACAAGGAGGAGUUUGGAGGUCGAGUAGGAUGCUGAGUAUCUUUCCUCCUCGCCACUGCUCUCCACCCAGCUCUCCAUGACCUGAGAGCACCAGCACAGCGGGAGGAACGAAACACCAGAGCGAGAGAGGAAGAGGAGGGCAGAAGGCCAGGGAAGGAAGGAAGGAACACGCUUUUUUUGUUGUUAUUGUUUGGUUUCCCUUUCUGAGAUGGCGGCGACGGAGGCCAGUGCGGCGCCGGUGGUCCAGGAAGACGGAAAAACCCCCGAAAGCAAGCCGGCGGAGGCGGAGCAGCCGGCCAAAAACGCAAGCUCAGAGACUGUCAACAGCGAGGUUGUCGAUAAAGAUGGCACGGCCGUCAACAGCGAGGUUGUCGAUAACAAAGAGACUGUGAAUAACGACACAGCGGCGGCUGCGGGAACCGAGGAGGGAGGAGCGGCGGCGAGCGAGGAGGCGGCACCCGCUCAGAGCUCGGAAAACGCCUCCUCCGCCGAGCCCAAGACCUCGUUCCUGGACUCCUUCCUCAACAAGAGCGGCCUGGGGAAGGUGAUGGGAGGUCGGAAGAAGAAGGAGCAGGAGAACGCUGCCGAAGGAGGCGAGAAGGAGGCGGAGAAAGGAGGCGAGGAGGCCGCAGCAGCUGAGGGAGGCGCAGAAGGAGAGGAGGCGACGGAGAAGGCUGCAGAGAACGGCGAGAAGGACGACGAUAAGAAAGCCGAGAAGGGCAAACCAGCGGAGGCCAAAUCCACGGUCCGGGAUCUGAUCAGGAAGCCGGUGGCGAGGAUCUUCUCCCAUCGCAGCACCGAGAAGAAGGACGGCGCCGCCACAGAACCUCAGAAACAAGUAAAGGUUCGGUCCAAAUCCCUGGACCGGCUGGAAGAUCCCGAAGCACUUAACACCACCGCAGACUCCACCAUCGAGGAGGGAGGAGCUGCCGGAGGAGCAGAAGGAGGUGCCGAUGGGGAGCAGAAAGCCUCGUCCUCCUCGGCGACCACCAAGCACAUGAAGCGCUGGCACUCCUUCAAGAAGCUCAUGGCUCAGAAGGCGCACAAGAAGAGCGGCGGUGGCGAGGACGGCAAGGAGGACGGAGCAGACGGAGGCGAAGGAGGCGGCGACUCCUCCACGCUCGACUCCAAGGAGUCCGGCCAGAAGAGGUGGAAGCUGAAACGCUCCUGGACCUUCCAGGGCCUGAAGAGAGACCCCUCCAUGGUGGGCAUCAGCGGCAAGGCCAAGAGCUCUGACAAGGACGGCGCCGACAAGACGGAGGAGGUGGCGGCAGGAGGAGCCGAGGGCGGCGAGGAGGCGAAGGCGGAGGGCGGAGCCGAGGAGGCGAAGACGGAGGGCGGUGACGAGAAAGCCGAAGGAGGCGAGGAGGAUAAGGCGGCCGGCGGCGGAACGGUGACGCAACACGCCAACGAGAUCUGGACCUCCUUCAAGAAGCGCGUCAUCCCCAAGAGCAAACGCGCCAACACGGAGUGCGCCGCCGGUGGCGAGGAGGACGCCACUGCAGCUGCUGCCUCUGGCGAGGAGGGAGCAGCGGACGAAGGCAAAGACGGCAAGUCGGCCAAGGCCAAGCGCUCGCAUUUCGGCCGCGCCGUUUCCCUGAAGAACUUCAUCCUGCGAAAGGGCAAAUCCACCAGCGUGGACAUGGGCGAAGGCACCAAGGAGGAGGAGGAGGCUGCAGAAGCAGGCGAGGCGGCGGAGGAGGCCGGCGCCGACGGCGAGGCGGCAGCAGCGACCGAGGAAGCCAACGACAAAGAUGCAGUGGAAGUGGCGGCUGAGAAAACACCGGCAGCGACGGAGGAGGAGAAGAACGGCGGCGAGGCGGUGAAGGAGGCGGAGAAGACGCCGGCCGACGCCCCGGUGACCAACGGCGAGAACGGCUGCUCCAACGGCACGGCGGAGGAAACCGCCGAACACAAUCACCAGGACGAGGAGAAGACGACGGGGAGCAGCCCCGUGAAGAAGGGCAAGGAGGCGGUGAAGGACGAGGCCAACGCCAAGAUCAUCAACGCCGUGAACAGCGGUGAGUUAGAGCGCGCCGAGCGGGACUCUGCCGAGCCGCCAAACGGCAGCGAAGACGGAGAUACUAACGACAGACAGCGACAAGCACCGGCACCGACGCUAACAAGCGAUAGCAGUAAAUGCAACCGCUGGGGGGAUGAGCUAGCGUUAGCCGUUAGCAUCGGGGAGGAGGGCGGGGAGGGAGGGGAGUCUCCGCUGAACGGAGGCUGUCGCUAUGAGUCAUGUGACCAGGGAGAGAGAGAGGAGGAGGAGGAGGAGGAGAUGAGGAAGAGGGAUCUCCGAGAGGCAGCGGUGGCCAUCGUUCGAAACGUGAUGUCAGCAGCCACCGACCAAUUAGAGAGGGAGCUGUGCGUCGACAACGGUUUGAACGGCUGCUACGACUUUAGAUACUGA